AGCUGUGUGUUGGCUCAGAGGCGCGCUCGGAGCCAUGAAGUGGUUUCUGGCCUUCGCGUUGCCCUGCAUAGCGGCCAUGAAGCGGGCCCUGGUGGUGGUAGACAUGACCGUAGAGCAGGUGGCAAACAUCUCCUACCAGAAGGAUGAGAUCAUCCAAACCAUCCGGCGUUUGGCGCAGAGCGGCAAGUUUGAUGCAAUCAUCGACUCGCACUUAUGGUUUGAGAAAGGCGGCCCGCCGUCCUCCCUGGCAGAGAUGUUCCCAAACAUCGGGCACGCGGGCACCGAGGGCGCCAAUUUGAUCCCUGAGCUGCGGGACCUGGGGCUGGAGUUUGUGAAGAAGUACCAGUAUUCCUGCUUCGCUGGCGGUUCAGAUUUGGAGUCCCAUCUGCGCAAGCUCGGCAUCGAGGAGGUGGUGAUUACCGGCAUCAAUACGGACUACUGCGUACUGGCCACUGCCUUGGACUCCUUUUAUGCCAUGUUCCAGACCCGCGUGGUGGAGUCGGGUGUCUCCUCCUUUAACGGCCGAGCAGGCCACCUGGAAGGUCUCAAAGACAUCCGCAGGUAUUUGGGCGACAUCGUGGUGGGGUCAGACAAUUACCUGCCGGAGUCCGGAGACUGGCCAAGCUGAAUGGUAUUGCCAAGUUUUUCCUGGGACACCUUUUGCAUCUACAUUUUUGUGGCCAUUCACUCCUGACGCUUGCCGUGCAGAAGCCACGGCGCUCGCAACGUUUAGCUCCCGAGCCAAGGGACGCGGAACCAUCUUGGAAUGUCACGGGGCAUCGGUGCCCCCGACCUUCGCCGAAGGCGAUCCGUGGCUCCCCCUGGUCUGGUUCCGAGAGCAUUGGUUUAGGCACGUGGAUCGACAGGGCCGAUGGCCA